AUGUCCUACAAGAUGUUCUCUCUUGAGAAACUUGAUCUUGGUGGAUUUCCUGAUAAUUUUGCUCCUUCUAAAGGUACAAAGGUUGCUGGAGAAGGAAAUGCAAAGAAACGAACUCGAACUCGUUCCUUAGGAGGUGAAAACGGUGGAGAAUCAGAGGAGAUCACUUCACUUUAUUCUGGCCUCAGCUUCGACAACCAGAAGGAUAAUACAGCUGAGGAAAGAAUUUCCUCGUCCAAGUAUCAGCACGAACUGCAACUGCAGCAGUUUGUGGACUUUGGAGGUUUGGAUAAUCUGUACUUUGAUGUAGUCUCUCCACCAUUUCAAUCAUGUUCUGAGGAGAUAAGAAAACUAUUUAAUACCAAGCCUGGAAAUCCAGAGUUUGUUGAAUCCUGCAAGGAGAAGCCACAUGCAACCUCUCUGGAGAUUCUGAAGAACUAUGGAAGUAGGCUGCGAAGACUGAAUGGUGAAAAGAUAAACAUAUCCCACUUUGACGUUGCAAGCACUGGGAUAAGCAAGAAAAAGCUAUCAACUCUUGCAAUUUUGCUCUUAGCUGGAGAAAAUUUCAUUCAUACAUCUAAUUCCACAGCAAAGAGUGAACUCUCCACUCUUAGUCACCCAUAUGCCAGUUCAUUUCUUGGCCUCUCUGAGGAAGACACUAAAGAUGUACAACUUGUCCAGCAUCUUCUAGCUGCUGCUGAGAAAGUAGGUGAGAAGCAAUUUCAUCGAGCAGGAAAACUCCUGAAGGAGUGUAAAAAGCCAAGCUUUGACAAAGGAAACCCUGUUCAGCGUCUAGUUCACUAUUUUUCUGGAGCUCUUCAUGAGCGAAUUGAUAGAGAAACUGGAAGAUCUAGAUCUCAGGGUACUGGGAGGAUGCUCACAAAGUAUGUUGAAAAUGCUUUAGCUACGAUCAACUCCACUGUCCUAGCAUUCCAAAAAGCAGUACCUUUCUCUUAUGUUAGCCAAUUUGCUGGAAUUCAAGCCAUCAUAGAACAGGUUGAAGAUGCGAGAAAGGUCCACAUCAUUGACCUCCAGGUCAGGCUGGGAACACAGUACACCAUGUUAAUACAAGCUCUUGCAGCUGGAUCUGAAUGUCCUGUUGAGCAUCUCAAGAUAACUGCUGUUGCAACUAGUUGCAGGGAAGCGAUAGAGGCAACAGGUAGGCGAUUAGUAAGCUUUGCCGAAUCCUUUAGCUUGCCUCUCUCCUUUAGUAUAGUGAUGUUAGAUGAUAUUUUAGACCUUCAUGGAAAUGUCUUUGAGCUUGAUGAUGAGGAAGCUGUUGCAGUCUAUUCAGAAUACUUUUUUAUGAUGAUGAUUGGAUCUCCAGACAGGCUGGAAUCUUUGAUGGGAGUCAUCCGAAAUCUUAAUCCUCGUGUAUUUGUUAUUACUGAAGUCGAAGCAAAUCACAAUGCCCCAGUAUUUGUGAACCGCUUCACUGAAGCUCUCUUUUAUUAUGGUGCAUUUUUUGAUGCCUUUGAAGAUUGUCUAAAGGAUGACGAAGCAAAUAGAAUGGUCCUGGAAUCAAUCUACUUCAGUAAGGGAAUAAAAAAUAUUGUGUCAGCCGAGGGGGAGGAAAGGACAAUAAGACAUGUGAAAAUCAAUGUCUGGAGGGAGUUUUUUGCACGGUUUGGGAUGGUUGAAGUAGAAUUAAGCAUGUCAUCCAUGUAUCAAGCAAAUUUGCUUCUUAAGAACUUUGCUUGUGGUAAUUCUUGUACACUUGAUGUGGAUGGGAAAGCUCUAAUUGUUGGGUGGAAAGGAACACCAACCAAUUCUCUUUCUGCUUGGAUUUUUGAAUAA